AUGAUUAUCGCCGCUGCCGGCGUCCUACUGCUGCUCUUCUAUCACCUCUACGGAAAGGUUACGAUUGACGAUGCUCGCCUCCACGCCGCUACCGUCCAGGGCGGAGUACCCAAUCGUCCUCUCUUUGACGACCUCCAUCUUGACGAGAAGCAAUGCCACACGAUCUUCCCAGGACUGACCAAAGACAUUGACGACAUGGUCGCUCUUGGCCCAUUCCGCAUCGCUCCUAAGCCAGCAGACGCAGACUCUGGGCCGCUGCAGGUACGCCUGCAGAACGGGCGUAUGUACAUUGUUCACCACGAAGGCAAAGGCACGCUGGAUCGUGGGUUCUUGGAUGCGCGUAUGGCUGCCCUCCAUCAGCUUCACCGCGCCAUUCUUACUGCACCCAAGACCGACCCACCGCUCCCUGAUGCCGUCUUUGCCAUCAACGUGCUCGACGGGCCUGCCAACGACACCAUGUCCUACAGCCGCCCCGCGUAUGCCGCUUCGACACCAGGCAACCCACUCGUCACGCGUGCCUUUCUCAUGCCGCACUUUUCUUUUUGGGGCUGGCCGGCACUGUCGUUUGUGGGCUCGUUUGCGCAGGCGACGGCAGCAGUGGAGUCACUCGAACGGCAGCUGCCCUUUCACAGGAAAGACCCUCGACCGGUAUGGCGCGGAACAAAGCGAUACAACAGCGCGCAACACCCACAAAUGCGGACGAACCUGCUCAAGGUCGCAGGCAAAGCAUCGUGGGCGGACGUCGAGGAGCUGGCCUGGGCCGACAAGGGUGGGGGCGACAAAGGUAACAGCAAGACCACCACCCCUGUGUCCACCAACGCUCUGCGGAUCGAAGACUUCUGCCGCUACAAGUACACGUUGCACACCGAGGGCAUCACGUACAGCGGGCGGUUGCAGUUCUUGCAGCUAUGUGAGAGCGUCCUCUUGACGCCACCUAUGGCCUGGCUGCAGCAUACGACGCACUUGGUCCGGCCGCUCUUCUCCUCGGACCUGCUUCACGACAAGACGGGCGCUCCAUCUUGGGUCGCGUCAGACGGCGUGCAGUCCGCAUGGCCUGUCCACUACACGGCUGCCGAGGCAAACGUCGUCUUUGUGGCGCCUGAUUGGUCCGACUUGCAGGCAACAGUGGCUUGGCUGGAGCGGCACCCGGACGUCGCACAGGGCAUUGCGCAGCGGCAGCGAGCUCUCUUUGUCGGUGGCGGGUAUUUCAGUCCGGCGGCAGAGGCUUGCUACUGGCGGGCGCUUAUCCGGGGCUGGAGCCGCGUGGCCAAGUCUGACGGCCCGGCUUGGCUGGGUGAACCACGAGGUCUGCCGUGGGAGCAGUUUGCUAUGGGGUAUGAAUCUGGAUUCAGCAGUGUCUCAUGA